AUGACCAUUAAAGAAAUCAACUCUGAUAUUAGACAUAAUUUAGUUGUUGACAACAGUGGUACUGGUAACACAAAUAAUGUUUCUGGAUUUGACGCUCUCUCAGAUGAUGAUAAGGGCAAGGUCGAAAAAGUUCUGUUUCUCCUGGACAAGUUCUGUGUGGGUGAUGCUUUUUACCAUGAGAUAACUAUGUUGGUAGAAGGCUUGCCUAAGUCAUAUUUAGUUAAGCAAAGAAGGGACCAACUGAACAAAAUGUGUCACAUAACCUCAACACCUGGAGAAGAACAUGGAGCCCAACUUACUAAAAAACAGGAUAAAAGAAUAUACAAUUGCUCACCCAAAUGUUGUUAGAGACAAUGAAACAAUCAAGGUCAAAAUUUCAGGAGAUGGGGAUAACAUGACCAGGAGUUCGAAUUUUAUUUUGGCGAGUUUUGCCAUUUUGCAAUUUACUGAUGACGUUUUAGCAGCAAAGGGAAAUCAUACUAUCGCUGUUGUAAAAGGAAAAGAGGACUAUGAUGUUUUAAAGCACUGUUUUAGAGAUGUAUUCACUGACAUAAAUGACAUGUUAAGAGAAAAAACUAGAUCUGGGAGAAGACACAGUAAACUUAGAAUUCUUUCUUGGCAGCGAUUAUAAAUCUAUAUUACUCAUGAUGGGUCUUAGUGGAGCCACCUCAAAUUAUGCAUGUGCUUGGUGCAAGAUUCAUAAGGACGAGAGGAACAUGUCUUAUGAUUUGAACCACUACAAUUCACCAAAUGAAUGAACUAGCAGGGAAAAAAACAAAAAAUUUCUGUUCUGUGAAUAUCCCCUUAUAAACAUUGAUUUGGAUCAUGUGAUAUAUUAGAUGAACUGCAUUUGCAGUUAAGAAUUAUGGAUGUCUUGAUUCAAAAUUUGGUCACUGAAACAGUACAAUGGGACCAGGCCAACAACUGGAACAAGAGAAAGAAGGAUAAAAAAAUAUUCAUUUAGAUAAUUUAAAAAGCACAAUUCGAUCUUGUGGGAUCUCAUUUGAAAUUUGGGAAAAAUCUAAUGCUGAUGGCAAAGGAUCGGGUCAUUAUGAUUUUACAAGUCUUCAGCGCCGGACAAGAAGAAAUUAUUGAAAGAACACCCAGAAAAGCUUGAAGGUUUGAUCCCUCCGGCAGCUGAAAUUGAAACGAAAAGCCUUUGGAUUAAGUUUUCUAUCAUUUAUUCUAUAGUAACUUGCAAAACACCUUCCGAAGAAAUGAUUAGAACGUACUUUUGUAAAGCACAAGAAUGGAUUAAUCUUUUUGUUAAACUAGGAGACAAAUGUGUUUGCUUUUACAAAAAGCAAGGUAACCCCCUACAUGCAUGUCGUGGUUUACCAUGUACCAACAUUUCUAAAGACAUACAAAAUUGUAAAACUGUGUAGUGGUCAAGGCGUUGAGAAAAACAAUGUCGCAAGGAGCAUAGUCUUAAGAAAAUCAAACAAUUGGGAUGCUGCUGCAGACGUGUUGAAACUCGAGUCAAGGCAAUGGGACUUGCGAAAGCAAGAAUGUACCGAGUACUGGGAGCACCAGCUUGAAGAGGAAAGAAAGAAGAGAAAAACAAAUGACAUGAACAAUAUAUCUAUGUGCUAA